CAAAAAAACUAGACAGGUUGUUCUUUAAGACCUUCAUUAAACAUUACAUCACUGCUCUUGACAACUGGAGUUGUAAUCAUCCAGGGAAAACCUGUAGGCUAGCGGCACACGAUCGUCAAAUGAAGGACGUUUAAGUCGGUCGUCGAGUGGAACAGUGGAAAGCACACAUCAUUUAAUACCGGACCGUGGCUCACGAGUGCGCUGCAUGACGUGCGUCAGAAAUAUUGUCUGAUUUAAAUGUGGUGACUCCUCAAGGUCGAAAGAUUGAAGUUAAUCAAGCUUCCGAUUGGACAGUAGUGUACCCCUUUCCUAGCUUGCGACCUUGGCAAGUCACUCUAUUUAAAUGGGGAAUAGCGUCCGUUGGGUACCAGACGACGGACGUCACGUGCUAGUCAACGCACGUUACUCCGUGACGCACGUUGUGGCUUCAUUAGGAUAUCUUUGGAUGUCACACGGUCAGCGUUGCGACGGACGUUAUCAUUCCACAAGUUGAACAGGUAAACAUGGAAAGAGUCGACACCGAAAUGCUCAUAAAAGAGGUUGAGAACAGACCAGUUCUAUGGGACCCUUCGUUUGACGAGUACAAAAAUAAAUUUAAAAAAACAGAGGCAUGGGAAGAAAUAUGUACUAUCUUCGACCCUACUUUCUUCUCGAAAACCAACAUGGAGAAAAAAAUUCAAGUGAUAGAAAUUACUUCCAAAUGGAGGACGGUACGAGAUAAUUAUAUACGAAGUCUGAAGAAACAAGAAGAACACGAGAAAACAGGAGGUGCAGCGAAAAGGCACUCCAAAUACACAUACGAACCACUCUUGUCGUUUUUGAAGAAGUCCAAGGAGCUAAGGGCUAAUGAUAGUAGCCUCAGUGAGCCAAGUAGUCAGCCGAGCACUUCUGGUAGUAUCAGUGAGCCAAUCACUAGUGCUUUCGCCCCAAAAUUAGAGGACAUUCAACCUCAACGGAUCGGGCUCCAAAAUGUGCCUCGAAAAGCGACGCAACAAAAGAGAGAGAGAAACAGUAUAGAAAAUACGUUUGAAGAAUAUAUGCAGUGCGUUUUAAAAAAAAUGAAGAGUGGGGAAGAGGAGGAUGACAACAUGUCAUUUUUUAGAAGUUUAAUGCCCGAGAUCAAAGAACUCACCAGUAACGAAAAAAUUAAAUUUCGAAUGGGAGUCAUGCAAUUGCUUCUUGAUAUCAAAAGUUGUAGGGAGUAGGCAGUGGAUGCUGCAUUAGGAAAUUAAUAAAAGUUUUUCUAAAUUUA